CUUCUCAGCUCAUACACUCUCCAAGCCGCGGAUGUGGGCCUUGCAAUCGACUACAAGCAGCAUUUCGAUGUCUUUCGACUUCGUGUCGAAGGAGAGCAACUUCUCUUCAUUGCUCCCGAUGUCAAGGAUGCGGUAGCCUGGGUAGAGUCGCUACUCAUAGCCAUUACGAUUAGCGAUCCACUGGAGGUCAGGAAGAUGCCCCAGUAUCCCUCAUUGCCAUCACGUCGC